UACACUAGUGUUUGGCUUGAGCGGCUCAGCUCCUACAACUCCGUUCCCAGCGCACCUUUCGUCGAGCACCUGGCAAUGGCGGCUUCCUCCCCGUCCGCCACCUCUCAGAUGCGCCUAAGCCCUCUCCGUCCUUAUUAAAGACCACCGCCGCCGCCGCUUUCCUUCUAUCCAACUCCCGCAAAUCCCUACCUACCCCGCGCGCGUUCGCUCGCUUGCGCCCGAACUGCCCGCAUCUCUCGCGGACACAGACCCCCGUUCCGGUCCUUGCCUCUGCCGUUUCGUGGCUAGUGGAUGCCCCUGCCCUUCCCCUCCCGCGAAUCCAGGUGAUUCGCAUCACCUUCGCGUCGUCAGGAUCCAGUUCGUGCGCAAUGUCGGCAGUGGCGCCACCGCUGCGCACUUGGAUCGUCGCCGCCUGCUUGUCUGCAACCUGCGUCGCAGACGAUGAAAGGAAGCAGCGCAACUACAUCGGCGGCGGGCUUUUCGGCACGCGCCGCCAGCCUGCUGCGCGCCGCCGAGGCGGGACACGCUCUGGAGUGCCCAUUGCUGUUUCCUUUCAUCCUGAAAGAGGAGCUGUGGAAAACAACAAAUCUGAAACCAAACAACGGAGGGUAGUUGUCACUGGCAUGGGUGUCGUGACUCCGUUAGGCCAUGAGCCUGAUGAGUUUUACAACAACCUUCUACAGGGUCUCAGUGGAAUAAGUGAGAUAGAAGCAUUUGACUGUUCCAGCUAUCCCACGAGAAUUGCUGGAGAAAUCAAAUCCUUUUCAACAGAUGGUUGGGUUGCACCAAAGUUAGCUAAGCGAAUGGAUAAGUUCAUGCAAUAUUUGAUAGUUGCUGGUAAGAAAGCAUUGGAAAAUGGUGGAGUCACUGAAGAUAUCAUGAACGAGUUGGACAAAUCGAGAUGUGGAGUUCUAAUUGGAUCUGGUAUGGGUGGCAUGAAGGUUUUUAGUGAUGCAAUUGAAGCAUUGAGGGUCUCCUACAGGAAGAUGAACCCAUUUUGUGUACCUUUUGCAACUACAAACAUGGGUUCUGCAAUACUUGCGAUGGAUCUGGGCUGGAUGGGCCCAAACUACUCUAUCUCUACUGCUUGUGCCACUAGUAACUUCUGCAUCCUGAGUGCAGCCAAUCAUAUCAUGAGGGGGGAAACUGAUUUGAUGCUGUGUGGUGGUUCUGAUGCUCCAAUUAUACCAAUUGGAUUGGGAGGUUUUGUGGCAUGUAGAGCUCUUUCACAGAGAAAUAGUGAUCCAACAAAAGCUUCUCGGCCUUGGGACAUGGAUCGUGAUGGGUUUGUCAUGGGAGAAGGGGCUGGUGUGCUUCUUUUGGAAGAACUUGAGCAUGCAAAGCAAAGAGGUGCAGAAAUAUAUGCAGAAUUUCUGGGUGGAAGCUUUACGUGUGAUGCAUAUCAUAUGACGGAACCACAUCCUGAAGGGAAGGGGGUUAUUCUUUGUGUUGAAAAUGCACUAGCUGAUGCAGGAGUAACAAGGCAAGACAUUAACUAUGUAAAUGCCCAUGCUACAUCUACACAGUUGGGUGAUUUGAAGGAAUUCCAAGCUCUUUGCCGCUGUUUUGGGCAGAAUCCUCAGCUAAGAGUAAACUCAACAAAGUCGAUGACUGGCCACUUGCUAGGUGCUGCAGGUGGAAUAGAAGCUGUAGCUGUUAUACAAGCUAUAAGAACUGGUUGGAUCCAUCCGAAUAUCAAUCUAGACAAUCCGGACAAAAAUGUGGAUGUCAACUUGCUGGUGGGAUCACAAAAGGAGAGAUGUGAUGUGAAAGUCGCAUUGUCGAAUUCAUUUGGAUUCGGUGGGCACAAUUCAUCAAUUUUAUUUGCGCCCUUUUGAGCUCUGUUGGUGUGGUAGCUUAUGGUACGAUUGUGUCGCGGAACUGGAAUUUUCACAAAGCUCAGCAAGACAGCAACAUUUCACAAGCCACAAAUUUGUAAUGGGAAUCCAACUCAGUAGAAUAUAUUGCUACAUAGGUGAGCAAAGAAAGCAAUUAAGUUUCUUUUGUAUUGCAAAAGCAAAUAUAUCCCAUGCAAGGGUGUCCAUUCAGAAGUUAAUCAAGACGUUGCACAUGCACUUUGGUCCAUCCAAUUUUUGUACCAGAUGUUAUUUGAUUCGUCCUAUGGGACUUUACUGGGCCCGGUAUGUUUUCAUCUCGCUGUUUUACCAGGCAGAGAAUGCUUGCUGA